CCUUCUCACCGGAAGCGGCCAGCUAUCGCGAUUUCUUGCUGUCCACGUAGCUGUCCGGUGGCUUCCGCUUCGCGAACCAUCCAACAUGGCGGCGGGGGGAGGAGGAAAGAAUAACGAAUGGGGGGCGUUCGAGGCCAGUAGCUCAGCAGUGAUUGACAUGGAAAAUAUGGAUGACACAUCUGGGUCAAGUUUUGAGGAUAUGGGAGAGAUGCAUCAGGAACUGAAAGAGGAAGAUGAUGUUGGUGAAGAGCCUGCACCAACAGAAGAAGAUGACAGUGCCUUCCUUGGUGUGAGGGGGCUAAAAGGGCAGCUGGGCCGUGAUGUAGCAGAUCAGGUGUGGCAGGCAGGCAAGAGGCAGGCAUCAAAAGCUUUCAAUCUGUAUGGUAACAUUGAUAUUCUCAGACCAUACUUUGAUGUUGAGCCUAUCCAAGUCAGGAACAGGUUGCUGGAGUCUUUAAUUCCAAUCCGAGCGAUCAGUUUCCCUCAGAAAGUUGCAGGGGAAUUGUAUGGCCCUUUAAUGCUGGUUUUCACACUGGUGGCCAUUCUUUUGCAUGGAAUGAAAACAUCUGGGACGGUAAUUGUAAGUAUCAUAUCGACUGCACAGUGAUCGUGUUUUAA